AGCAUGAAAGUUCAGAUCAAUGCCACCAGCGACACGAUCGUCCUCAAGUUCGUCCGUCCCAACCCGGACAUGAAGCUGGAGGGGUACAUCCUGGGGUAUGGAAGCAGCAUGUUCUCCAAACAGUUCAUCAAGCUGCCCGACAACGGGGAGCCCUAUGAGACUGAGAUCGAUGCGGAGCCCAAGUACCUUGUGGCCGUCCAGCCUAUUCCCACCAAUGACGUGAAGAAACAAUGCAAAGAAAGAUACCACCUGGAAAAGCCCAUCCACCUAGUGAUUGGAUCUGUCACCCCAACCUCAGUGCUUCUGUCUUGGGGAGCCCUGGUGAAGACAUCUUAUGAGGGCACCAUCCUGAAGGAUUGCUUGGAGGAUGGAAACUUCACGGUGCGCUAUAGGGAGUUGAGCAGGAAGUGGAACUACCAAAUGUGCCCCACCAGCGACACUGUGAUCGACCACCUGAAGCCUAACACUCCUUACGAGUUUUCUGUUCGACCGAAUGUUAACGAGCGCAAAGCAUGGAGCAAAUCUGUCUUUCACAACACCAACACGGACGACAAACCCAAGCAGAAACCUAUCAUACCGAAGGCCAUCAACUUUAAGCUUGGGAGGCCUGGACCCCAUAAGCCCCAACUACCUCCAACCACCAUUCGCAACAGUACUCGGACCAAAGGAUUACCUUAUCAGAAAAAAUUUGCGCCUGCACCUAGAUCAUCUCCUGCACCACCCAAAAGCCGCCCAGGAAAAACCCCUGUGGUGAACAACAGAGAGCCUCAAAAUCCGCGUUCGCCCCUGGGUAAAAUCAAAACAAAAACCACCACCACCUCCUUGCCACAUGUCCCCCACAGUGUGGCUGUUACCGUGCCAACCGAAAAAUCCACUUCUGGCAGAGUCUCUAGCCCCUCUACCUCUCACGGCAUGAAACCGUAUUCCUCCCCCAGUUUGUCCGAGUCCUCCCACACCACCACCCAAGACGCUGAUGGAGAGCAUCAUAAGGGAGUCAAACAUCCCAAACUAGUCACGUGGCCUACAACACCAAUGGGAUCUUCUUCUGAACUCCCCUCUCUUCCGAUCAGGAUGAAUAUCAAAAUCGGAGGGGAACAUACUGAUAAAGAUGUGGAAAUCAGUAAACCACACCUUUUGCCUGAAGACCGGGCUGAGGUGACGCCGAAAGGCAGGGCCUCCACCCCCAAGCCCCGCCUUCUUCCUGUGACAUUUACACCAAUCAAACGGGAGCCCAAACUGUCAUCAACAGUCACGCCGACUUUGGACAGUGAAACAGACGCGCCCACUCAGAAAGCUCGAACGACUACAAUCGCUCAGAAAUCUCGAACAACCACGCCCACUCCGGACAGUCAAACAACCACAGCCACUCUGAAAGGUCAAACAACUACACCCACUCCAGAAGGUCGAACAACCACGACCACUCAGAAAGCUCGAACAACCACGGCCGCCCAGAAAGCUCGAAAAACCACGAUCGCUCACAAAGCUCGAAAAACCACCGCCACUCAAAAAGCGCCAACAACCACGACCACUCAGAAAGGUCGAAAAUCCACGACCACUCUUCAAGGUGAAACAUCAACGCCCACUCCAGGCAGUCAAACGGCCUCAACCACUCAGAAAGCUCCGACAACCACGACCACUCAGAAGCCUAGAACAACCACGCCCAGUCCGGAUGGUCGAACAGCCAUGCCUAAUCUGGAUGACCGCCGGUUUGACCCCACGGUAAAUGACACCUCCAAGUUCAGCUCACUCCCUUCCUCUCCUACAGACUUCAUGGGGAAAAGCCGCUUCGUUGCCCCUCAUGUGGUCUAUAAGACCGAUAAGGGGCCCGAGGUGCCCUGCUCCAUCACUGAGUCCCUCAACUACUUCCCCGAGGAAGAGGGUGGAGACCUGAACGUGACGUCCCCCCCCAGGGCCCCCCCCUCCAACGUGACGGUGGUGACUGUAGAGGGAUGCCCCUCCUUCAUCAUCCUGGACUGGAAGAAGGGUGACAACGAGACCACAGAAUACGAGGUCACAGCAAGAGCAAUAGGUCCGAAUGGCGAUAAGGUCUCGGUCGUGAACACCAACCAGACGCACACUGCUGUUGAGAAUCUUAAACCAAACAGCAGUUAUGAGUUCAAGGUGAAACCUCUGAAUGAGCUCGGUGAGGGGCCAUCUUCAGAUCCCGUGCCUUUCAGCACGGAGUCUGCGGACCCACGCGUGAGCGAACAUGUCUCAGGCAAGGCUGCCAUAUGGACACAGUUCCCCUUCAAUGCAGACGAAUACUCUGAGUGCCACGGCAGACAGUUUGUGAAGAGGACGUGGUAUCGCAAGUUUGUUGGAAUCCAGCUCUGCAACUCUUUGAGAUAUAAGAUCUACCUGAGUGACUCCCUCAAAGGGAAGUUUUAUAAUAUUGGAGACCAGACGGGUCGUGGGGAGGACCACUGCCAAUUUGUGGACUCCUUCCUGGACGGCAGGACAGGCAGCUACCACCCAACAGAUCAGCUCCCUCCAAAGACAGGGUACUACAGGGCGAUGCGCCAGGAGCCGGUCAGUUUCGGGGACAUCGGCGGAAACACUCACAUCACGUACGUGCCCUGGUACGAGUGUGGAACACCCAUACCGGGAAAAUGGUAGGCCCCAUCCCCGGGGCUGUCCAUGUUGGUGCCUGUGAGAAAUCUCUCCCUUGGUGGACAGCAGUAACCAGAGCCUUGAGGUCCUGAAGAAUGAAGAGUAAAGGGGGGUUGGGGGGUCUACUGUACGACGUCUGGUUCUAGAGAGAACUGCAUCGCAGUCUC